CACACAGUCUAUGGUACAGACCUGCACGCGCUUGCAUCGCUUCCCCCAUUCCAUUAAUGAAAAAUAUGCAGUUUAAAACUAAAUGAUGCGGAUUUGUGCACCUGUCCGUAGGAUCUGAAGGCACCUGGAUAAUAUUGUGUUCUUCUGCUGCUUGAGACACGUGCUUCAGCUUCUGCUCGCCUUCUUGGGUUUAGUAGGUUUGUGGUGCUAACCCCUUGUGCUGCUCUGGAGAGUCUGUGGGAUGAGGCACCUUAUUGCAGUGGCUGGUGUGGAUCCACGUUGUUCUCUCUGCCACCUUCACUGCUGUGUGGGUGGUAAAGAGGAUCUGGAACUGGCCUUGCCACCUUCUGGAUCGCCAGUUCUUUCAUCUGAAGUCUUUUACCACCACACAAUCGCCUGAUUGCAGUUUGUGGAGUGGUGUGGAUGCAGGUACCUCCAGUGUGUCCCCUUCUGUGUAACCUGAAGACAAUAAUACGCCAGGUCCCGGAAACAUCUCCCCUGAAAGAUGAUCCACUUGUAGGAACAAAACACCACACAACUUGGAUUACUCGCAGCGAACCAAUGAGGCGUAUUCAAACCUUCAGUGCUUUGGUUCUCCUUGUCUCUUUAUUUCUGAUCUUCUUCUACUCAACUCUACACCUGGAGACGACUUACAGUCGCAGGGCUGCACCAGAUGAACUCCUCAAACAUCCUGCCCUCCGUGUUGACGACAGGGAUAUGAAAACACAAUCCUCCAAGCAGAAGCGCUUCACCACACCUCACACAGAUUUCCACAAAGUGUCCGUCAGUAAAGGCCUCAGAGAAAGCAUCCCUCAAAACGGAGCGUACUGGAACCGUCUGCUGUACUUGGCUCUCAGUAAUCUGGACAAGGGAGAAAAUCCUUUCAUACAUGAGUACGAUUGGUCUCGCUGCAGGGAGACAAAUCAAGAUCUUCUGCAAACCAAUGUGCACGACGUCGGCUCCUACUCCGUCGUAUUCCAGGACUUUUUGCAGGGCAUGAACUGCAGGACACCUCCAGUACUGUUUAAUCAACCUAACAAGUGCAUCUCUGAUAAAGACAACCAGACGGUCCUGCUUUUUGCUAUCAAGUCAACUCCUGGAAACUUUGAGCGGAGACAGGCAGUACGAGAGACCUGGGGGCGAGAGGGGCUGCAUCAGAGUGGAGUGAGGGUGCACACUGUGUUUCUGCUGGGCAGCUCCCCUCUUGGUGACCCUGACCUCAGCCCACUGCUGUCUUUUGAAGCAGGACACUUUGGGGACCUCCUGCAGUGGGACUUCCAUGAAUCUCUCUUGAACCUGACGCUCAAAAUGAACAUGCUUCUCCAAUGGACACUGCAAUACUGUCCUAAUGCUACCUUUGUCUUUAGUGGCGAUGAUGAUGUAUUUGUCAACACGCCAGGGUUACUCGGCUACCUGCGGUCUCUGGAGCCAUCCAAGGCCUCUCGGUUGUACGUUGGACAUGUCAUAACCACAGCAACUCCCCUCAGGGACACUAAAAGCAAAUACUACAUUCCUCUGAGCUUCUAUGAAGGCCCAUACCCUGCUUACGCCGGUGGUGGCGGUUUUCUUAUCUCUGGAGCGAUGCUGCAACCCCUACAUUCAGUUUCACGCGUCAUUCCUUUCUUCCCCAUUGACGACGUCUACGCUGGGAUGUGCUUUAAGGCUGUGGGGGUUUCUGCGGAGGCAAACUCGCGCUUUCAGACAUUUGACGUCAAGGAGCAAGAUCGUGAGAAUCUGUGUGUACACAAAGAUCUUAUUCUGAUCCACCAGCGCUCCCCGCGGCAGAUUAAGAAGCUGUGGAAGGGCAUUCACAGCCCCUUGUUGACUUGUUGAACGGGACUGAUGAGCUAAAGAACACAAAGAGGAAAUAUUGACCGCAGCGACAUAUUGGCUCAUUUGCUUCCAUCAUCACUGUCCUGCUUCAAGAUGAUGCUGCAGGAGCUUCAACAUAUUUCACUGCCAAGUCAAAUUGAACUCUUUAAUUGUUAACUCACUUUUCCUAUUUAAUUAUUGAAUUUGAAUAAAACAAUUAUUCAACCAA